GAAUACAUGCGAUUUGCUCCAGCUCUAUUAAGAAAUCGUAAACAUUGAUGUUGAAACUCAUGUGCAUUGUGCAAUCGCAGUAUUUUUUUCUGAAGUAUUCAGUAUGGAUAUGUUACCUGGUAUUUGCACUUUGCUUGAAGAAGUCGAUAAAAAGAUUAUGGUCGAACUGAGAGAUGGUCGUGUAUUAAUUGGUUUUUUACGUAGUUUUGAUCAGUUCGCCAAUUUAGUUCUUCAUCAAACUGUCGAGAGAAUUCAUGUUGACACCCAUUAUGGAGAAUUACCUUUAGGUGUUUAUAUUGUCAGAGGUGAUAACAUAGUUUUGCUUGGAGAAUUCGACGAAGAUAAAGAUAAGAAUUCAAAACUCGUUCGGGUUUCAUUUGAAGAAAUAUUCGAUGCUCAAAUACGUGAACAAAAAGCUAAACAAGAGAAAGAAAAGAUGCGCAUGAAAGCUCUAAAAGAAAGGGGCUUUAGUUACCACUUUGAUACUACUCAUGAAGACUUUUAGAAAAGUUUUACAUGCUUUAUGUAUAUAUAAUUUUAUGCUAUAUAAUUGAAUCUUCUUUUUUUACGGCUUUUAAAUGUAUGAUCUAUUUCCGUACUUGAAAAAUGUUAUCAUUUGGAUUUUAAUUGUAUUAAAAAUUUUCCAAACUUUGUA